AUGGCUGCCCCUGCCGAUACCACGAUCAAGAACCUCAAUGGAUCAUGGGUGAUGGACUCAUCCCUGUCCGACCCUGCUGACCCCAUUCUGGCUCUGCAAGGCAUGAGCUGGUUCCUGCGCAAGGCCCUCCCCUAUGCCACCGUUACCCUGAAUGUGAGCGAGUACGCGGACUCUGCAAACCCGCAAGUCUACCACAUCGACGUCGACCAGGUCAUCACCGGCGGCAUCACGGGAAGCAAGGAAGCGCGCACGCUUGACUGGCAAGAGCGCGAGCACGUCGACAACAUUUUUGGCACCCUGCGGGGCAAGUCGCGCUUCCUCCGCGGCUCCAAGGCUGAUGACGGCAAGGUCCGCCCCGCUGUCGAGUUCCACACCAAGGUCGGUGAUGCCGAGAAGGAUGCCAAGGUUCAGCGCUUCCUGCGCGGCGAGGUCCUCCUCGACGGCUCUGCUGCGGAGGGUUUCGUCGUUGACGACGAGGGUGCCGAGUUUGGUGAGGGUGAGGGUCUCUGGCUGCAGAGCUUCGUUGUGAACGAGCAGAAUGGCUGGACUGCUGAGCAGAUCUGGGGCUUCGAGGUUAUUGACGGCCAGCGCCGCCACAGCCGUCGUGUUGCAGUUACCAAGGGUACUCAGGUCGAGCUGGCUCGUCUGGUCUACAGCUUUGAGGGGCCAAAGGCUGAGUAA